AUGAAUCAGAUAAACCAAUUAUUCAAAUACACACCUCGUUUAAAACAUCUUCAGACAAUUGGGACUUCAAUUAAUGAUGAUUAUAUGCCAUCUCCACUUACAAUAUUAAUUGAUUUGAACAUUUAUUUUUCUGAUUGUUCUGAUUAUUCGAAAAUGAUUGUCUUCUUACAAAACAUUCCUAAUUUACGUUGUUUGGACAUUAACAUACCGUCUGAAUUGAUCGAUGGUCAUCAAUGGGAAUAUAUCAUUCGUAUUUACUUGCCCAAACUUAAAACAUUUCGACUCAAAAUGUGUAAAAGACUUCCUUUCGACAAUAUUAUACAAGAAUCCAUCGAUAGAUUGAUUGAUUCAUUUCGAAAUAUAUUUUGGAUUAAUGAGUGUCAAUGGUAUGUUCGAUGUUUUGCGUAUAAUAGACGUAUUCACCUACAUACUGUAUCUCAGUUGAUUAGUUGGUUUCCUGCUACGUGUUUGGACUUAUGGCGAUCGACAUAUCCACAUGAUAAUCAUGAAAUAUUUCAUAAUAACAUCGAUGGCAUUUAUGAUGAGACAUUUUUUAACAUACCAAUUCCAUCUCACAUUCGUUUAUCUAACAUUGAACAUCUUCAUAUAAAAUUUCCUAUUAAUGAUCAAUUUUGGUCGAUUGUUCCAAGUUUAAAGCACCUAUACUCGCUUACAAUAUCAUCCUAUGCUGAUACUUUUCAAUUUCAAUUGCAAGAUUUAUUUAAUCGAGCUCCUUAUCUUUACGCACUAACUAUUCGUCAAGAUGUAUCAUUAUCUUUACAAAUGUCAUUGUUCACUUGUACGAAUAUAUGCAUUUGUCAUCUUGAUCUUCGCGACUAUAAUCAUUAUUUUAAUGAAGAAGAAUCUAUUACAUUGAGUCAUUUAUCUCUUACUACUCAAUGUGAAGUUCUAUCUAUUAGAGUUCAUAAUCGUGAAAGUAUUAUUAUUCUUGUUACGAAUCUGAUUCAUCUUCGAAUAUUACAUAUUUGUUGGAAUGAUGAAAACAAUUCUGAACAAUUCCAAUUAACAGAAAAUAAUGGUAAAUGUUCUGGUAAAAGAACACAAAUUUUAGAUGAACUUGUUCAAUGGUUAAAAGAUCGAUUACCAUCAACAUAUUUGAUCAAUAAUGAUCCAUAUUAUGAUCAUGAUAUUUCAAUAUGGAUUUGA